AUGGAGGCGUACAGUGCGGGUUGGGUCAUGUUUGACAACCAAGCCACCGGUUGUCUGCUCAGCUCGCCCAAGUACAUCCACCGCUCUACGUACUCCGUACCUACCUACUCCAUACCUCCUAACCCGAGUUGCCCUCCCUCUCCCCAGCCCGGCCUGCUAGUUCCAAGUCCAGCCCCAGCCCGUCCAAGCCCAUCCAUCCAGCCCAUCAUCAAUCCGACCAGACACGACCAGGCAGACCAGGCUCGGCACCAGGCUAGCGCUCUGAUAGUUCCCGCAGCACAAGGUCACCCAGUCUCUCACGCUCGCCCGCAGUGGUCUGCCCGGCUCUGCCCACACUCAUUCGCACUGGGUCCCUUCCUUCCUUCCUUUCAGUUGCCGGCGCUUUGUUUCCUGGCCUCCCCCCCGUCAGCCUGUACUCCUUCUCUCACCACCACCCUCACUCCGUCCUCCGUCAAACAUCCACCGGUGAACAGACAGACCACCGCUCUGGUCUUCGCCUGCUGGCAAUCGCCUGUAUGA